UUAAUACUGACUAAUCGCUCACAAAUAGUCAAGAAACCGGCCAAAAAAAGAAGGGACCUCAACAUGGAAACAGAUCUCAGCGUGGACGUUAUCGUGCUACCAUUCGAUGAUAAAACAGUUGCUGGAGGAAACUUGAGAAUUCCCAACGUUUGCUUCUCAAGGACAGCGUCUAUACUCUUGAUCGUUGCUUUCCUGCUCACAACUGCACUGAGCGGCUCGGUAGCUUUCAUUAUUGCAAGACAAUCAUCCAGUUUUAAAGAAAACAUCGAUGCAUUUCACUGAUGCCUGCU